AUGGCAGCAAGUGUGCGCAAUACCGCCAUUAAACGCAUUCAGGGUGAUGUGCGGGAGAUGAUGACUAACCCAAGUGAUCAAUACGCAGCAGCACCACUUGAGACCAAUAUGUUUGACUGGCAUUUUACACUACGUGGACCACGCGAUACGGAGUUUGAGGGUGGUAUUUACCAUGGCCGAAUUAUCUUACCAUCAGAUUACCCAUUUAAACCGCCGAAUAUUAUGCUCCUAACGCCCAAUGGUCGCUUUGAAGUGAAGAAAAAAAUCUGUUUGAGUAUUUCGGCGCACCAUCCAGAGGAGUGGCAGCCAGCGUGGGGUGUUCGGCUCAUUUUAGAGGCGUUAAUCAGCUUUAUGCCUACGAAAGGAGAUGGUGCGAUUGGUGCAUUGGACUUUGAUGUUGACGAGAGAAAGCGACUGGCGAAGUUGUCAGUCAACUACAAGUGUGAGACCUGUGGACAUGUGGCAGAUUUGAUACCAGAGCUGGAAGCGGAGAAUGAAAAGAAACCGUCGAAGUAUACGGAACAGAUUGCUCAAUUGCACUUGCACAGUUUGGAAAAUGCCCAACCUUCUAGUGCAUCAAAAGACGAAAAGGAAGCUGUGAACGCCACUGCUGAGAAUGUAAAACAAACCUCAGAGGAGGCUCAGACGACUCCUGUCGUAACGCAAAAUAGUGCGAAGGCCCAAGAGACGGCUCAAGGGACGGUUCUGCAUGAUAGCAAGCCCACUAUGGUGGAGGAGUCAAUUGUCGCUGCUGGUGAUCCUGCUUCUACACAAGAGACAAAAGUAACACUGCCUAUGGGAUCAACAGAAACGCCGGCAGCAGCCGAACGUCAUCAGAACGUUGACCCACCACCGAUUGUUGCUCAUGAUAUGACUCAAGUGCGUGAGUCGAACAGCGUGGACACAAUGCUGCACUACCUGACUGUUGCCAUUGUCGUUGCACUGUUUGCUUUGAUCUACAAAAAGCUUCUGCAAAUGCAUGGAGUGCUGCAGUAG